UGCUUGUUGUUAAAAUAACUCUCGCAUUUCUGCAAUUAGUUACAAUCCAAAUUAGUUUAGUCAAAAUGUGAUUUAACCAAAACAUCUUUGGAACCUAUGAAAUGUGCAAAUCCAGUCAAAUGGAUUAUAAUGGAAAAUCACGGUUUCCUUGAAGAUUGAUCGUGACAAACAUGAAGUGUGUUGGUGUGUUAGCUUCGAUUCUUCUUGUUGGGAUAUUUGGCUUUCCUUGUUCAGCAAACAUUGUCGAUCCAAACAGAUUUGCAGGAAAUCAACUUAAUGCUUCUUCAAACGACAUUAAUGCACUACCAAUCCUUAAAGAUGCGAAGCAAACGGAAAACCAUCAGAGUCUCGAACAGUUCAAGGAGUUGAAAUGUGACCAAAAUGCAUCAAGUGGUGAUGAUGAUGAUGAUGACUUUCCUCCAUUUUUUGAUGAUGAUCAAUUGCGUCAUGGAGGAAUAGUGGUCUGUUUCCUGAUGGCCAUCUACUCCUUUACUCUACUCGCCAUUGUCUGCGACAAAUACUUUAUUCCUUCCAUUGAAAGACUUUGUGAAGUUCUAAAUAUUUCCGCAGAUGUAGGAGCUGCAACAUUCAUGUCAGUAGCCACAUCCUGUCCAGAAUUAUUCACCAAUUUGAUUGCCACAUUUGUAACCGGCUCUUCUUUGGGGAUUGGAACAAUUGUUGGAUCGUCAAUGUUCAAUUCUUUGGGUGUCGCAUCAAUUGGUUCGUUAGCCGCAAUUAGGCCCAUCAAACUUGAUUGGUAUCCAGUCACAAGAGACAUCUCGAUUUAUAUGGUCGCCAUAUCCAUUUUAAUAGCCAUAGUUUGGGAUGACCAUAUCUACUGGUACGAAGGACUAACUUUAUUCAUUUGCUACUUCCUCUAUUUUAUCGUAAUGUUCCAAAAUCCACGAAUUUCCAGAUUUAUUAGAAGGACAAUUGAUAAAUACAGAAGCAACAACAAAGUUGACAUUGCUGAAAAUGGCAAAGUAUCUGAAAGUAAAGAAAAGGAAUACAAUAGAGAUUCGGUACGAGCCUCAGUGGCGUCAGCGUUUGGCUCCUAUGCGGAAAAUGUGAGAAGAUCCGCAUACGAAAAUCCAGAAGAGUUUAGGAAAGCCAGAGAAGCUCAAGAAGCCGAAGAAAUAAAAUCACUUACCAAGAGCCCAUUCACUAUUCCUGAAGGAGGAUUUUUCACGAAAUUUCUCUUCUUCUAUACGUGGCUGAUAAAGAUGGCUUUAAGAUUAACAAUUCCCAAUCCCAAAACCCACCCUGCUUGGUGGCCAGUCACGUUUAUGUUAUGUAUAUUCUGGAUUGGAGGCAAUUCUUAUAUAGUGUCGUGGAUGGUUACUCUCAUUGGCAAUGUUCUUGGAAUCCCAUCAACUGUACAAGGAAUGACUUUUGUUGCUGCUGGUGGAUCAUUGCCAGAAACACUUUCAAUUGCUAUUAUGACCAGAAGAGGGGAAGGAAAAAUGGGAGUUUCAAACUCAUUGGGAGCCAACUCGAUGAACAUUCUCUUCUCCCUUGGAAUGCCGUGGUUCUUUAGCACGAUGCUGAAAGGAACCAUUGUACUGCAAUCGGGAUCCAUUAUCUAUACAAUAGCGGCUCUUCUUCUCGUGGCACUGAUUCUCUACUUUACUUUGUACUUCAACCAUUUUACGUUGUCUAAAGUAACCGGAUGCGUCCUACUGCCGAUUUACGUUAUCUGUAUAGUUCUAGCUUGUCUAUCUGAAAUGGUGUUUUUCAAAAAUAAUUCGUGUUGAAUCCAUCAAUCACACUCCAACAUCAGAGUGAGCAGUUGCAGCAAUCCGGCCCAGUAAUUGCAAAUGAAUCUCGUUUUGUAAUUAUUUAUUAUAUAUUUAUUCAAAAGCUUGUACUCCUUUCAUAAAGUGUCUGCUAGACCUUUUCACAUAAUUUGAACAGGUUUUCCAUAUUAUUUGUCCAAUUGUGCUAUUAAAACAAUGCCAAAUGUAAUUAUUAAUAAAUAAUUAAUUAUGAUGAUUUCAACUGGAAGUAGGGAAUCUGAACACAAACCAGAUUUUAUUUAAUUGUGAUUACGAAUCCUUUAGAAGUGCAAAUAUUGCAUUCGUUGUAAUGUUACAGUAAGGCAAAGGGAUUUUUCGCUGUUACUAAACGGCUCGUGAUAAAUUUGCUUGUGUACAUAGUCUAUUUGUUAUGUUUUAAAGAUGUUUGUGGCAAUAAACGAAUGUUAAUUAAA